AUGGAGAUGUCCUUGCACCAGUCUCACCUCCUGGAGCAGCUAAACGAGCAACGGAAGGAAGAGCUGUUCUGUGACUGCAGCAUCCGUGUUGGCAGAAGGGUCUUCAAAGCCCACCGCAAUGUGCUCUUCGCCAGCAGCGGCUACUUCAAAACGCUCCUUUUGCAGAGCUCGAAGCAGACGAGUCAGCCGACGACGGCUACUUUUAAGGUCUUCUCUGCGGAGACAUUUCAGGUUAUCCUGGACUUCAUGUAUUCAGGCAAACUGUCCCUCAGCAGUCAGAAUGUCACCCCAGUGGCGUCAGCUGCUAGCUAUCUGCAGAUGACCGAUAUUCUGAACAUCUGCGAGACCUUCAAGUCCUCGCCGGACGUCAGUGUAAAGGACAAGGAUCGUUCCCUCAGCCUCUUGGCCCAAAGUACGAAUGGUGAACAGGCCCAUUCACCUCCUUAUCACCCGAGAUCCAAAACAAAGCGUAACCCCAGGUGUUGCAGUCCAAUCCCAGAUGAUAAAAAGACUGAUUCCAGGCCAAUCCCGGAUAAAAAGACCGCUACAGGGAAGAAAAGCUCCUUGACUAGUGUCAGCAGCUCAGGGGUGGCUCCCCAGCAGGCUGUAAGGCAGCCACUGGAAAGAGGCAGGAAAACAGGCUCAAGAGGACAGUGCCAAAAGGCGCUCGGGCUAUCGCAGACCACUGACGUGGUGCUGCCCCAAUCCAACAAAGCCAAGGCGGCUGCCCAAGGUGGCGGGGAGUCAGAGGCCAGCCACGUCGCUGGGCUCAAGGAGGAGGCGGAAGUGGAUGCCAAGGAGGAUGCUGCUGGUGAGGGCUACGGGAAGAGUCACAGAUCAGAAGCUACACCGGGGCCAUGGUCGCUUGCUCAGCUAAAAGCGCUUUCAAGAACUCCUGAUUUAACAGCAUUAAAAGCAGAACAACUGUACAGCUCAAUGCCCACCAUUUUAGGGGUAACGAGUAGUUCUAAUGAAGGUGACUCCCCUCUGAUAAAAUUCAUAUGCCCCUUCUGCACGCAAAUGGUGAAGCGACGAAGAGACCUGAAGCGACAUCUUCGGCGUCACACAGGGGAGCGCCCGUACGCCUGCAAGACGUGUGGGGGAAGGUUCACCCGAUCAGAGCAUUUGCAGAAACACUUGAAAAAUAUACACCAAGAGAACAAAAUGAAGUGCAGAGAAUGCAAAUGCCACGUAACUGACCUGACGGGCUGCAUUAUUCAGCAAGGAGCAAAGCGCUACAGACUGUGCUAUAAGUGCCUGCAAGAAAGUAAUUUUGUCAGCAAACCUGACAAAACAGGGGUAGAACAUCCUCCUGCCUCCUGCAAGAGAAAGAAACCUUCCGAAUGGGCUUUGGAGAAAGAUCAGAAGUCGGAGGAAGGGGCAGUGGCGGGGGAGCCGUGGAAGGUGGAUGCCCAACACAAAGACGAUACUGCAGAGGGGGUAGUUAAGAAG